AUGCCGUGGCUUGCACCGGCUCCUGUCCUUCCGGACUGGGUCUAUCACGCCCGGGGGCAGGAGCCGCCCGGUGACGACGUCGGCACGCGUGAGGCACUCGACGUUGAAGAUGAGACCGACGGCGAUGACGGCGAUGGCGCUGGAGAUGGCGCCGGGGGAAGAAGCUCGGGACGUGCUGCCCAUCCUGGCGCUGCGCCCACCUUUGGUCCCGAGGACGUGGCGCUAAUUGACGAGCUCCUACUCUCGGACCUUGUUGACGACCGCAUCGCUGCCAUGCGAGUUCUUGUCUACUACUGCAUCCAGCCGAGCUCGUACAUGCGCGCCAUUGAGGCGCUGCACACGUACCUGCCCAAGCUGCCCAAGAUCACCGAAAUGCUCGGCAGUGACCUUGCGGUCCUCGACGUUGUCAUGCACGCACUUGUCCACAACGCCCCGCUCCACGCCUACGUCAUAGUUCUUGUCUGCACCCUCAUCCAGACGGUUCCGAAUUGCGCCGAGUGUCUCGUCCAGCUGCGGCUCGUCGAGGAUGUGCUGGUGCCAGAGAUGGAUGACUUUGACCCGACCAACCAGGUCCACCAGCUGGUACUGGUUGUCUUUGCCGCAGUCGCCGGCUUGAACGAAACCGCACGGCGACUUGGCGACGACAUGGAAGUGGUCAUGGCUGCUCUCUACACUGCGCUUUCGGCAUCCCAUGACCAGGGCAGGUUGCCGGCAACUGCGCUGCAGUGCCUCGCCAAGCUCAGUGCGUCGGCUGAUGGCGCGCAGCUCGUGGCCGGCUUUCUUCCGUCCAUGCUCAACCGACUCCGUCCAGUAUUUACGUCGACCGUGUCAGAAAUGAUUGACCAGCUGCUCAAAGUCGUUGUUUCUGCUGCGCGCAUCGACCGCGCCGCCGUUGCUGCCAAUCUUGGGCGGCAGGUCUUCGACUUGCUCCUCCCACUGCUGGAUGUGUCUGCCAAUCCCCAGGGUCUCCGCGGCCAAGCCUUUGUGCGGUGGACCCUGGCGCUGCUCAUCGAGCUCUCGCCCCUCCCAGACGAGGUCUUUGAUCCGGAGGCCACCGACGUUGCUCAUGAAGUACUCGGCGCCAUCGCGAGCGUGCUGAAUGAGCGGCGAGUGACGGCCGGUCUUCCGCGGCGUCCACUCCGCCUCACUCCGCGCAGUUCGUCCGGUCGCGCGGGGCCCUCGAGUGACGCCCCGCCUCCACUCGAAGAGUCAGGCAGCGUCAAUGCCACCGACGCGGCCGCUACUUUUGCCGACCGUCUUGGCCACUGCUCGCUGCUGCUGGAGGCGCUGGCCCGGGUGCUGGAUCCAGACGAGCCGUUCUCGACGCCAGAGGCCCGUGAGGCUGCGCUCGAGUUUGUGGCCUCUGGCACAGCCUCGGGCCGGCUCUUUGCCCAGGCUGCGCUCGAGUCAUCACUCCUCCCGGCUGUCAUUGCACUUCUCCGCCGCGGCGAGGCUGCGGAGCGGAGUCCACGGGCGGCGCCGCACGCUGUCCUCGCGCUACUUCCUGGCUUGCUUGCUCCGCUUGCGGGCGCUCCGGGCGCCCGCGCAGUUGCCGCCGUCGAGUCGGCAGGCGUGGUCCCGGCCGUCAUCGAUCUGCUUCGCGCCACCCACCGGACGGUGGCAAGUCCUCAAGACCUGCUUCCGCUGAACAAGUCACGCUCCGGCCUCAUUCUCAGCCAUGGCUACCUGGUGCUUGACGUGCUCUCGAGGUGGAAGUGCCUCGCCGACGCUAUGACCGCCGCAGACCUCCCUGCGCUGCUCCUUGCGGUCGGCAACCUCAACGUGCCAGCGGGCCUCAAGCUACUGGGGCGGCUCUGCCUCGGCAACGACAACGAGUCGCACCCCUUGCUUGCCGCACAUGUCAUCGGGCCGACAGCCCGGUCGCUUGCUGCUAACCUCACCGAACCGUCCAGCAGCGACGACGCCGUCGCCAGCGCCAACUCGCUUGCCGUCGCACAGCUCCUCGCGCUCGCAUUCUUUCCUCGUCUCCGCCGCAUCAUCUGCACCUCGGCCGAGACCGGUGACAUGCGGCGGGCGCUUGUUCGGGCCUCCUGGGCUUUUGGCCACUCGUCGCUGUUGGCAGUCAACGUCCAAACCCUGCUCUGCACAGUCUGCCUCGGCAUGGCGGAAGCUAUCCGUGACGGGCACGACGUUGCUGACGACCCGCUCCUUGCCGAGCGCGCAGCGUCUGGACUUUCUCACGACACCACUGCCGGCCUUCUGACCUGGCUGAUCGGCGUCGGCGCACCGAGUGUCAGAGUCGCUCAUGCAGACCAAGUCCAUGGCGCGGUCGCCGCCGUCACUCGUGCGCUGAGGUUUGGAAACAUUGGCGGGAGCAUCCGGCUCGCGCUCAUGGCCGUCGUCGAGCCUGCUGUGGUUGUGGCGCUCGCAGCCCGCGCCGAGAGCCCGCGGCGGAGCCGCCCCGACACCGUCGUACCACUGACUGCAUCGAUGUGUGUCUUCGCCGACGGGCUGACCGCGGUUAAUCCCGGAAUGAUGACGCUGCAGACAUGCCGCGGAAGCCGGGCUGUGACUUCGGGCCGGUGGUACUACGAGGUGGAGCUACUGACCGGCGACGAGUCUGCAGAAGCCAGUGUGCACAUCGGCUGGAUCUCGACGUCAGCCACGCUUGGUAUCGACGAGGGUAUCGGUCAGGACGUCAACGAGCUCUCGUUUGGGUUCGGCACCUGGGGCGCGCGCAUGCUCGGCGGUGCGCGGCCGGGAGCGUACGGGCGACAGGCUCGCGUCGGCGAUAUCGUCGGCGUCGUCCUUGAUCUCGACGAGCGCUGGGCCGGCUUCUCGCUCAACGGCGAGUACCUCGGAGAGGCGUUUGAGCGUCUGCCGCUGCUGCGCCGGCCGUACGCACCGGCCGUCUCGCUGCGGAUGGGUGAGGGCGUCCGGUUCAACUUUGGCGAUUCGGCUGCUGGUUUUGCCUACCCUCCGCCCAUCCCUGCGGCAGCGCUUGGCAGCCGGCUCCAGCCUGGUCUCCAACCGCGGACCGACGCGAUCCGAGCCGUCGACACCAUGCCGCAGGCUUCCGAGCUCGCUGAUGCCUACUACCUCGAAGCCACGCUGGUGAGCGAUGUUGCAGACGGGACCGAGCGGAGCGCUGGCGAUGCCCAUGCGGGCCUCUCCUGGACGACCGAGGACGUACGGGUGACGUGGACCUGGGACGACUCGCUGGUGGUCGAGGCCGGCAGCGUGACUUCGCAGGCCCGGUUUGGCUACCGGCGGAAGCACGGUCGGCCUCGGCGUCAACGUCGCGACCGGCCUGGUCUUUGGCGUUGUCGACGGGGUCGUGGUGGCGAGCGCUAG